UCCCCUUUCAGAUUGUAUAAAUAUCUGGGAGCUCUUAGGGAGAGCUCAGUGUUGCAAAGCCAUUCCAAGCACAGAACAAGACAAGAAGAGGAGACGAGCACAAGUGACAGCUGCAGGACAACAAGAGAUUAUUCAAGAAGAAGACACAAAAAUAGGAUCUCACCUGGAAUUGGGAAUAAAAGGAUUGCUCUGCACAAAUACAGAAAGCUGAGCAGAUCAAAACGAUUAAAAGAAUUUUAGAAUAACCGAGGACCGUCCUAAACAUGCUCUUCAUUCUGUCUCUGUGCAUGUUUGGUCUUGUGAUGCAAGGUGAUGCCCAGGACCGAGCCGCUCUGUGGAGGGGAAACGAUCGCAGCGGGCGAUGCCAGUACACCUUCACUGUGCCCAGCCCCACUGAGGUCAGCUGCCCACAGGUCGCACCCCCAGAAGUGGAGAGCCUGAAGGCAAGACUAAGUGUGCUGGAGGCACUGGUGUCCCAGCUUCAGUCACCACCAGGAGCCCACCGGGGCACCGGGGUCAGGAGUCACUCUGAGCUUCAGGAAGCGUUGAACCAAGUCAUGGGUGAGAGGAACCUGCUGCAGGGGGAGAAGGAGCGUAUGGAGAGGGCGCUGGAGGGGCUUCAGCGCAGAAUGGAGGAGAUGAAGAGGGAGACAGAGAGGCUGAGGAACAGACCGUGUCCCCCUCACACCCCCAUGGUCCAAACCAGCUCCUCUCAGCAGGACAGGAACCCCAUCAGACCUGCUGCUGAUUCAGCAUGGCGGUACGGAGCUUCAGGCUUUCAGGAGCUGAAGGCUGAGGUGACUGAGGUACCUGCUCCCAAUGGCAACCAGGACAACACAGGUUGUGGAACUCUGGUUUUGGUUGGUGAACCGAUCACUCAUAGGAAGGCCGAGAGCAUAGCAGGCAAAUACGGUGUGUGGAUGCAGGAUCCUGAGGCUGUUUCUCCAUACGGACCUAACAUGGUCUGGCGCAUUGAUGCGAUCGGCUCUGAGGUCAGGCAGCUGUUCGGAUAUGAUGACAUGGAACAAUUCUCUAAAGGCUUCCCAUCUAAGGUCCUGCUGCUUCCUGACCCCGUAGAAAGCACCGGGGCUACUCUCUAUCGAGGCUCCCUGUACUACCAGAGACGGUUCAGUCGUACUCUGAUCCGCUACGACCUGGCUUCUGAGAGCAUCGCAGCUCGUCGGGAACUUCCUCAUGCUGGCUUCCGUGGCCAGUUCCCUUACUCUUGGGGGGGCUACACAGACAUUGACUUGUCUGUGGAUGAGAAGGGGCUAUGGGUCGUCUACUCCACCAACAAAGCCCAUGGAGCAAUUGUGAUUUCGCAGCUGGAUCCCCAUACCCUAGAGGUAAAGAAAAGUUGGGAGACCAACAUCAGGAAGGCAUCUGUGGCCAACUCCUUCAUCAUCUGUGGGAAGCUGUACACCGUAGCCAGCUACGCAGCUCACAACACCACCAUCAACUACAUGUAUGACACCAAAACCAGCCAGGGGAAGGCCAUGUCCAUCCCCUUCAAGAACAAGUAUGGCUACAACAGCAUGAUUGACUACAACCUGGCCCAGAGGAAGCUGUUUGCAUGGGACAACUUCCACUUAGUGUCCUAUGACAUCAGGCUGGGGCGGCAGCAGGCCAACUGAGGCCAACACGAGGGACUAUUUUUCUUUAAAAAUUGAAGUUUUCUUUUUCACCUGUUCCCUCUUCAGAGACUCACCAUUUUAGAGCAGAGUGUGAGCGGUUUAACAGAAGUUAGAAAGCCAACAACACCAGUAUUCAAAAAUUGGAGUCUAACUACUAAUUCAUCUGAGGAACUGUGCACCGAGCAGGUCUGCUUUUUCAUAUUUUGUGUUGCGUGGCAUGGCCCACAAACGUUGUCAGAUCAAUUAUUUUUGUACCUCCUUUAAUGCAGACGUGUGACUUUUUUUUUCUUGUUUUUCAUGUUAAGCUAAAUAUAUUUGAAACUAAACAUAUAACCACAGUUUAACCUUGAAGGGAUAAUUCAGGUUGUUUGAAGUAGGAUUCAGUGGAAAGAUUAGGCACAGAGUUUCAUUACCAGAUUGACAAGCUUAUGGCUUGGAAUGGAUCAUUGUCUUAAAACAACUCCAGUCUUACAGAUUUUAUACUGGUUUAUACAAACACUAUUUUAUAUAUCAUGACUUUACCAUUAAUUUAGUAAUUGCACAUAGAAUCGUAGGGUUAUUUGCAAAUAAAAAUGCCAGCAGCAGCUACAUAUAGCACAUCAAGAGCAGUCUGGAAAACUUUCAGCUGAAAUAACCAUGUAAUGCAAAACAGCCAACGUAAAUGUUUAAAUUUUAUUUCUUUUUAAAAAGUUGUUCAUGGAGCUAUCAACAACAGGUAAGAUAUUAAAUGUUCAUAAUUUGAUCUGAGCU